AUGACUGCCGAAGAUCGCCUCCAAGACCACCAGCAACUGCUCAGGAGAUCCCGGCGACAUGCUGUCGCGGCGGCGGUGGGGGAGGGGGGAGGGUCGGCCGGCAUGCACCGCGGCGGAGGGGGCGGGGGAGAAUUGGAGAGAGCACCCAUCUCUGCGGUGCGCUCGGCACAGCAACAGCAGCACCACCAUCAGCACCAACCAGCAAGCGAGGCUGCAACCGUACGCGCAGGGCUCGGGUCGUUCAAGAAUGCCUCUCAGCAAUCUCAUUGGGGUGGUGGAUCAUCCGCCCAAGCGCUCGAGGGCUCGCACCAUAGUAGCCCGCAGGUCCCACCCCCCAGUGACACCCCGGACACCCAGCGCGCCCCCUUCAACUUUCAAGGCGGCGCUGGUAAGGGGGGUGCUGGGGCUACGCACCACCACCCAUCGGGUGGAGCCGAGCCCAUGGACGACGACGACUGGGAUUGCUGCUCCGAGGCGCUGACACCUCCUCAGCAUCACCACGGGGACGCAACCGGACGAUCCCCGGGUCAACUUACGCCUCCGAUGGAGUACCAAGGUCGAAGCAGCGGCUACCUCCGAGGGGGUGUGUGUGUGGGCGGGCAACGCGUAAAUGGCAACAACGCCACAAACAACAUCAGCGGGGCGGGCGUGCAUGAAGGCCUGGGGCACGAUCAUCGGUGGCGCGGCGGCGGCGGAGGUGCAGCGGGGAGGACGUCUUCGUUAGACCAUUGACCUCGCAUCCCUACAAAGCCGGGACGGAGCACGCCGGGUUCUCACCGGACCAGGCUCUCACAUCACCAAGCGCGAAGCGCCGUGAGGUAUUCGGCGAGUCGCAUGAAGGGUGAGCUGCAUCCUGCUAAGGGUGUUCGGCAUCUUGUGCUUACUUCCUUGCGUACGGAUGACAGCUGCGUAUGACUUAAUUUAUUUUCUGGUGCUUUCACUUCCAGAGACAGUUGUAAGCACUGUGUAACUGCCUCGAGGAUGCUUGACCAUUUUAACACAACGUGGUGUGAUCAUCCCCCUUGCGCGGAGUGAGGGUUCUCCACCCCGCACAACCUGAUCUACUCGACCACCAUUAUGGUUACCGCAAAAAAAAACAGAGGUAAAAAAAAAAACCGGUAACCUGGUUGCCGAGUUCACGAAGUGAAUUGGCUUGUUUUACAACGUCAUUGCCAAGCGACGGAAACCUAACCCCGAUGGCAAACACCGAGGGGGGGGCUUGUUUUACAACGUCUUUGCCAAGCGACGAAAACCCAACCCCGAUGGCAAACACCGGGGGGGGCGGCAUGUUUUACAACGUCGUUGCCAAGCGACGAAAACCCAAUCCCGAUGGCAAACACCGGGGGGGGGGCGCUGUGUAGGGGGGGUGGUUCCGGAUAGUUGAGAUGGUGUCGUUGAAGUUGGAUGUCAACGUGGAAAGUAUGGGUGGGAUCAAACAAUAGCGGCAGCAACAACGGCAGCAGCAGCAG